AUGGCUGUCUCCUCGCGCGCCGGCUUUUUAGCCGUCGCCGUCAUCUUUCACCUCGCUUAUAUCUAUUCGAUUUUUGACAUUUACUUUGUCAGUCCAAUUGUUUCGGGCAUGAAGCUCGUCCAAGUCGAUCGACCGGAAAAUUCCAAAGCUCCUGCUGAUCGUCUGGUUCUUUUCGUGGGAGACGGUUUGCGAGCUGAUAAGGCCUUCCAGUCCUUUCCCGACCCCUACCCCGAAUCCGAGGAUGACUUGACCCCGCGACCUCUUGCCCCUUUCCUACGAUCCCGCGUCUUGGAACAUGGCACCUUCGGGGUGUCGCACACGCGUGUGCCGACUGAAUCUCGCCCUGGUCAUGUUGCGCUCAUUGCCGGUCUUUAUGAAGACGUCUCGGCCGUGGCGACUGGCUGGAAGCUCAACCCUGUGAACUUCGACAGCGUCUUUAACCGGAGCCGUCAUACCUGGAGCUGGGGAUCACCCGAUAUUUUGCCCAUGUUCGAGCAAGGCGCUGUCCCCGGGCGCGUCGAUUCCUACACAUACGGGCACGAGUUUGAGGAUUUCAGUCAAGAUGCGCUGCAAUUGGACUUCUGGGUCUUUGACCAUGUCAAGGAGCUUUUCGCCGAUGCAGCUAAGAACGAGACUCUAGAAAGUGCCUUGCGCCAAGACAAGGUCGUCUUCUUUCUUCAUCUUCUCGGCUUAGAUACCAACGGGCACUCGUACCGUCCGUACUCGAAGGAAUACUUGCAUAACAUCAAGGUUGUGGACCAAGGUGUCAAGGAGAUUACAGAAAUCAUUGAGAAUUAUUACGCCGAUGACCGGACCGCUUUCGUCUUCACUGCUGACCACGGCAUGAGUGACUGGGGAAGCCACGGCGAUGGCCAUCCCAACAACACUCGCACACCCUUGAUCACCUGGGGAUCUGGCAUUGCACCGCCGGUGCUCUCCUCUGGUUCUGUUGCUCCGGGACACGACGAGUACUCUUCCGACUGGCAUCUUGAUGAAAUUAAAAGACACGACGUGGCGCAAGCUGAUAUUGCUGCCCUGAUGGCGUAUUUGAUUGGUGUGGAGUUCCCUGCCAACUCAGUUGGCGAGCUUCCCUUGUCCUACAUCUCGUCAAGUAUCGAGGAGAAGGCGCAGGCGGCGCUUAUCAACGCUCGCGAAAUUCUAGAGAUGUACAGGGUUAAAGAAGAGCAGAAGAAGGCCACGGAGCUUCGCUACCGACCAUUCCAGCCGUUGAGCGACGCCGAUCUGGCCCCUGAGCGCCGAGUGGCCGCUAUCCAACGCUUAACUGACGCUGGCAACUAUGAAGAGGCCAUUGAGGAGUCUGCUGCUCUCAUGAAGAUUGCCUUGGAGGGCUUGAGAUACCUUCAGACUUAUGACUGGCUGUUCCUCCGCACUCUGGUCACAAUUGGGUACCUUGGCUGGAUGGCGUUCGCACUGACGGUUGUCGUUGAUCUGCAUGUUCUGCGUGGCAGCCAGCCUCCCUCCCGAACGACUUGGGGCACGUCGGCAUUCACAUCUGUCCUCGCAGCGCUGUACGCAUCCUUCAUCAUUUCCAAGUCUCCGAUCACUUAUUAUGCCUAUGGCUUCUUCCCCGUCGUCUUCUGGGAGGAAGUCUGGGCCAGACGCAACUCUCUCAUUGCAGGACGGAAGGUUCUUUUCGGGCACAUCAAGACCGGAGCGAGUGUGUUUUCCUUUCUAGUGAACCUAAUGGCUUACAUAGGCAUUAUCGUGUCUCUGGCCCUAGGAUAUAUUCAUCGCGAAGUUCUUACCGUCAUCUACGUUCUCGCGGCUUUUUGGCCAAUGACAUAUGGCUUGAGAUUUCUUCAGUUGAACUCUCUGUUGUCUGUCGUCUGGUUCUUCUCCUGCUUGGUCAUGAGCUUGUUCACAUUACUACCAGCUAUGAAGUCCGAGGACAUCUCUCUAAUUGUGGCCGGUGGAAUCGUCAUGGCCGCCAUUGGUUUAGCAUAUCUUAUCUGGGAGGACAGACUUUUGGCAAGGCCAGCUCUGCCAAUAUCCAGGGCUCUGACCGGUGUCCAGAUCGGCUUGAUUUUGCUCGCAAUCGUAGUUACUCGAUCCAGCGCCGUUUCUCUCCAGGCCAAGGCGGGUUUGCCUCGGGGCAAUCAAGUCGUAGGCUGGCUUGUUCUGGCCAUUUCGCUGCUUAUGCCGUUGGCUCAGCGUCUGCAACCCAAUAACCACUACAAGCAUAGCCUGAUGACCAUGUUUUUGACCUGUGCCCCAACUUUCGUAAUUUUGACCAUCUCUUACGAAGGCCUCUUUUACGUGGCUUUCAGUAUUUUGUUGGUCGCCUGGGUUGGUCUGGAACAUCGUGUAUUCGUGUUCAGCAAGGGCACUGAAGGGGAACGACGCUACCUAUCGAAUGACACUACCAAUAGCCCACAGGAGUGGUCCACAUCGGCUUUCAGGGCCUUGACUCUCGCCGACGCCCGAGUCUCGUUGUUCUUCUUCGUUUUGCUGCAAUCAGCCUUCUUCAGUACCGGAAAUGUGGCUUCCGUUUCGUCCUUUAGCCUGGACAGCGUGUAUCGCCUGAUCCCCAUCUUCGAUCCGUUCUCACAGGGAGCACUACUCGUUGUCAAGCUCAUGAUUCCUUUCGCUCUCAUUUCGGCGAAUCUUGGAAUCCUCAAUGUCAGACUUGGCGUGGCGCCUUCUUCUCUCUUCAUGGUUGUGAUGGCUAUCAGCGAUGUCCUCACACUAUACUUCUUCUGGGUGGUGAAGGACGAGGGCUCUUGGCUGGAGAUCGGCUCGACCAUUAGCCAUUUUGUCAUAGCAAGUCUACUGUGCGUCUUCGUGGCGCUUCUAGAGGGUGUCAGCGCUGCAUUCAUUAGUGGCACCGAGGUUGAGGAGUCUCGACCAAGGCUCGGGCAGAACGGAACGUUGGUGUCUAGUUCCACCGAAGGCACAACUGCCAACGGUAAGACAUAG